AUAAUCUCACGUGUCCGACACAAACGCACGAAACCUACUUACGCCACAAGCAUUACCGACGCUGUUGAAGACUACAUAUAUACGGACCGACAACGCCGAGCAAAAUGUCUAUCUUAUGAUCAAAUAGUUGCGGAGGGGGAAGAAAAUACGAGAUACGUCGAUGGCGACGAGGCCGAGAACGUCCGGGACUGUUGCUGGCCGGACGCCACAAGUGACGGGCCGUCCCGUGUACGAGGAUUUUGAUCCCAAGUUUGAGUGGCGGGAAGAACCGACCGCGAAUUUCUUGAGCGUUUCUCUUCCAGGUUUUGUCAAGGAGCAAAUCAAGGUCACAUAUGAUGAGCGGCCGCGAACUGUGAAAGUCCGUGGAGAGCGUCCUCUCGGGACCAACAAAUUCAGCCGUUUCAGCAAGGAUUUCAGCAUCCCGGAGAACUGCAAGCCGGGCGAGAUCAGAGGCAAGUUCGAGCGCGGAACUCUCGUCCUAACCCUGCCGAAGCAAACCAUCACGCCAGUCCCUCCUGAAGAAGCACCACCACCCAAAGUGAGGACUCAGAAACAAUCUUUGAGCACUGAAAGAGAGCCAAAAUCUCCCAAGGCUGGUCAACAAAAUGUGCCCCCAAUGACCACUUCAAGCGGUAACAUCGGAAAGACGAAGAUCGACGACAAGGUGGUCGCCGGCGCAAAGGAAGCCGUUGAUCAGGCGAAACAUCAGAAGGGUCAAGAAGACCCCCCUCCAAAAGCCACCUCAAGCAAGGCCAGUGACCCAACGCCACAAAAAGCAAGCCGGGUCGAGCCUCAAGGAGCCGCAUCGAAUGUGAUGUCGGACCGCGCUGCUUAUGGAGUUGGUGAAGGCUUGGCAGUUGGAGCAAAGGAGAAGGGCGACAGACCUACCGUUGAAUCGCAGACAACCAAGAAACCCAAAGAUCAACAACAGACUCCACGUGACAAGCCAAACAAAACAUCAUCACAGAACGAGGACGAUGCGCAGAGAAAUGGAGUGAUAGAGGUUUCGAGGAAGAAUAACACCGGGGCCGGAUUGGAUGAUGAUCGUACACGAAACCUUGGCAUUCCAAAAGCCAUCUCAGGCAAGAAAGUGAUCGAAACCGAGAAUUUGGUCGGCGCUGCGAAGAGGGCAGUGAAGGGACUGACCACAGGUUUGAACGAAGAUCGGCAACUGGUUGUGAACGUAGGAGUGGCGAUUGUGGUGAUUGUGGCUCUCGGGGCCUAUCUGUCCUACAAAUACGGAUCUUCCACAAGAGCCGAGAACUAGCUUUCAUCAACAACAUAUCAUCCUCAAAAUAAAAGAAAUUUACUUACAUGUCAUCAUCAGUUUCCUCGUGAAAUGAAAUAAAUAAAUCCCGUGUCUG